AUCUCCGCAUGCGCAACAUCAAACCCUCUCCGUCAUCAGUCCAACGAGUAGCACGAGAGAGCCGUUUUCAGCGCAGUGAAAUGGUUGCGGUCAUUAUGGUGCCUCUAUAACGAAUUUCUCUAUUCGGCCGUUAUGUUAACUAGUUUUAUAUUGGAACAUAACCACGGAUAUACAAAUAUAGUAGGGUUUUGGGUAGCCGAAACGGUGGAACUGUUAGAUUGCAUGACCUUGCACUGAAUGUCACAAUAAAAGGACCGUGUAUAGCCCUAUCUGUCGACACGGUAAGAUAAGAAGAAUCUUCAUUCUCAUCAAAUAAUAGUGCGCAGAGUUUCGGUAGAUUUGACUUAUUUUACUGGAUACAAUUAGCUAGCUUGCUCAUUUUUCUUUAUCUUAUGGUUCAAAUUAUAAGAUGGGGAAAUGGUCCAUAUAUGAUCAAUGAAUAGCACAUUGCCGUGUUAUCACAGUGAUGUGGAGUGCCAGUGGGCUAUACUGCAAAAUGCAAAUAACCUAUUCUACCCUACUCAAAUAUCCAGACAUAUAUUUUGUAAUAUGCCUAUAUUUUAAUUGCGCGUAAUGCUUUAUUCCCAUCAGAUUAAAUACGGUUUGGGUACGGCAGAUGCUUCCUGGUUGGGGGUGAGGGGGGGGGGGGGGCGUCAUAUUUAGGCUACGGUUCAUAGAUCAUUAAAUAAUCACAACGUGUUAUCAACGCGCUCUAAACCAAUAGCCUAUAUUAUUACUACUCUGCUCGCGCACUAUGCAAUGACCUGGUUGGAUAUAAAGUGUGUCGAAUGUAACAUCUAUUGUAGUUUUGAAUGAAAUAGCAUAGGCCUACAGAUUGGAUGCCGGUUAGCCGGCGGUACGGACAGUCAGUCCGACCGGUCAAAAAGCUGCUGACAUGCUCCCCGUGCCGUGUCAGCCCGGCAUUUGUGCGCGGCUGGAUAGAGGACCAUUCGUCUAUCACAUCACCGCGCAGAACAGUGCAGCGCGGUAUCGCCCCCCAUGCCCUCCUACUGGCUCCCCCAUCCUCUCCCCACGGCCUGUUAGGAACAGAUAGAUAUUGAUGGAAGUCUAUUUGUUUACUUUACAUCAGCAUGUGGUGCAGGACUGUAGAUACAUCUUUUAACUUGUGCUGAGAAAUGUUGCUGAAUAAGAAUAGCCUAAAUGAAAUGGGCUAAUUGACUGAAUGAAGACCUGAGUUAUUCCAAGAAGCUCUAUAUCUCCUAUUUCAUCCCAGUAAUACUGUAGACGCUGUCAGAAAGGAUGACCUCCUCAGCAGUUGGGGGAAACUACAUGGCAGCGUUCAGUGGUUGCUGGAUGUUAACACUGAGGACGUUUUACUGAGCUCUUCUGCGUGUUCUCUGUGUGUCUUUCUGCAGGGGACCUCAGAUACUGGCCUAAAGAUGGAGCUCACCAUGCAUCUGAUAAAUGACACCAUGAAUUUAUAUAAAUGGGCCCUUACCAUCGCAGGUAAUCCUCACACUCCUGUGUGUGUGUGUGUGUGUGUGUGUGUGUGUGAGAGUCAGUGGCAUUGUCAGUGUGUGUGUUUAUUAGAGAGAGGUUUUGAUCUCGAGGUCCUGGGCUGGCGUGGUUACAUGUGGUCUGCGGUUGAGAAGCCCGGUUGGAUGUACUGCCAAAUUCUCUAAAACGACGUUGGAGGCGGCUUAUGGUAGAGAAAUGAACAUUCAAUUCUCUGGCAACAGCUCUGGUGGACAUUCCUGCAGUCAGCAUGCCAAUUGCACGCUCCCUCAAAACUUGAGACAUCUGUGGCAUUGUGUUGUGUGACAAAACUGCGCAAUUUAGAGUGGCUUUUUAUUGUUCCCAGCACAAGGAGCACCUGUGAAAUGAUCAUGCUGUUUAAUCAGCUUCUUGAUAUGUCACAACUGUCAGGUGGAUGGAUUAUCUUGGGAAAGGAGAAAUGCUCACUAACAGGGAUGGGAACACACUUGUGCACAACAUUUGAGAGAAAUAAGCUUUUUGUACAUAUGGAACAUUUCCGGGAUUUUAUAUUUCAGCUUAUGAAACAUGGGAUCAACACUUUACAUGUUAUGUUUCUAUUUUUGUUCAGUGUAGAGGAAGAAAUGUCAGAGAUGUUUGUAUUACUCACUUUUAUCAUGGCAAUAAUACUGAGUGUAUUGUCCUUUCCCCCAGACAAGCGAGUGGAGAAAUGGCCCCUGAUGGACAACCCCCUCCCCACGCUGGCCAUCAGUUCCUCCUACCUGCUGUUCCUUUGGCUGGGGCCCAAGUACAUGCAGAACAGAGAACCAUUCCAGCUCAAGAAGACACUCAUCCUCUACAACUUCAGCAUGGUCAUCUUCAACUUCUUCAUCUGCAAAGAGGUGGGCGCUCAAACCUUUAUUUAAGUUGAAUCUCGUCACCCAGAACCAAAUAUUGUGUGCUUGCUGCUCUGGCCAGCUACUCGAUUUAGCCUGUCACAAGAGACUAACUGAGACGAACUAAAGUCAACUUUCAUUGUCCUCCAAGAGUUGCUGAAUAUUUUAUUUCACUUUCACCUUUUGAGCAUUCAGCAAACAUUUCAAAGUGUAAUUUAGCUGCGUAGACUCCUUAGAUUCCCUGUUUCCAUUAGGUCAUAUCUGUCUGCUUUUAUUUGAGCCCUUCAGUUCCACUCCUCUCUCUCUCUUGGUUAAUAUGUGUGUUGUAAUCUCUUCUAUUCCCAGCUCUUCCUGGCGGCGCGGGCGGCCGGCUACAGCUACAUCUGCCAGUCUGUUGACUACUCAGACGACCCCAAUGAAGUCAGGGUGAGUUCACCCAGAAACGACCCUGGGCGCGCGGCACAGACCUGGGUUCAAGUAGUAUUUGAAAUCAUUUCAAAAAUCUUUAGUGUGGCUGGAUUCAGGUUGCCGGUCACAAUGGAACCAAUAGAAUAUUCACAAAAAUGCAAAAAACCCACCCAUCUGGCAUUCUAGGCAGGCUAAAGCAAACGUUAGUAUUUAAACCCAGUAAAGACGCCAGUAUGACCAAUAACUGGGUCAUGCUGGCUGGCCAUGAUCCUUACAGCGACUGGGAUCAUGAAAUUAGACACCCACUCUCUCUUUCGCUCUCCUCUGCGAGACGUGUCGUUAAGAAACAUGAUCAGGCUUUAUCUAUCUGACCAAACCCUCCGAUCAGACAGACGGAGCCAGCAGGCGGGUUCAGUUUUACGUAGCUACUGCUCCAUGACAUUUACACCAGGCCACGUCAGUACAGGUGAUCCAUUAUAUUGACCAGAUACUCAGGCGGCAUGCCACGUCAGUACAGGUGAUCCAUUAUAUUGACCAGAUACUCAGGCGGCAUGCCACGUCAGUACAGAUGAUCCAUUAUAUUGACCAGAUACUCAGGCAGCAUGCCACGUCAGUACAGAUGAUCCAUUAUAUUGACCAGAUACUCAGGCAGCAUGCCACGUCAGUACAGAUUAUCCAUUAUAUUGACCAGAUACUGAGGCAGCAUGCCACGUCAGUACAGAUGAUCCAUUAUAUUGACCAGAUACUCAGGCGGCAUGCCACGUCAGUACAGAUUAUCCAUUAUAUUGACCAGAUACUCAGGCGGCAUACCACAUCAGUACAGAUGAUCCAUUAUAUUGACCAGAUACUCAGGCAACAUGCCACGUCAGUACAGAUGAUCCAUUAUAUUGACCAGAUACUCAGGCGGCAUGCCACGUCAGUACAGAUGAUCCAUUAUAUUGACCAGAUACUCAGGCGGCAUGCCACGUCAGUACAGAUGAUCCAUUAUAUUGACCAGAUACUCAGGCAACAUGCCACGUCAGUACAGAUGAUCCAUUAUAUUGACCAGAUACUCAGGCAGCAUGCCACGUCAAUACAGAUUAUCCAUUAUAUUGACCAGAUACUCAGGCAGCAUGCCACGUCAGUACAGAUGAUCCAUUAUAUUGACCAGAUACUCAGGUGGCCGCUCUAACAAUGAAAAUAAAUGUCUUCAAACAUGGAAGGCAGUCGGGAAGAGGCUAGAUCAGGUGGGAGCAUUCUAGCCAAUGAGACGGCAGAUACGCGUGUGAACAACAGGCUCGACUCCGAUAUAAAGUGUUUUUUUCUCAAAGUUGCCGUCUCCUACUUAUAUCAGUACACUAGUAACAACUUAAUCAUUACAAAACGUCUAUUCAAUCAAAUAAGCCACACGUAGCAAAUAAGACAUUACAUUUUUUGUUGACCAAAUUACGACACUCUCUCAUUGACCUCCAUACAAAAAGUCCUUGCUUGGUGAGCAAAAAAACCAUAAUAAAACACCACCUGCUAGAGAAGACACAUGUUGGGCCCAGUUAUCUCUUUCGCUUCUCCUCUUCCUCUCUGACGUCAGCGACCAUUUUGUGUCCAAGGUUGAUGAUGAAAGGUGAAUGGUCAGGGAUCAUAUCAGGGUAAUAGUCUAGUCUACAGAUUCUAGCAGACACAUAAACAUCCCUCUAGAGAAGACAUGACCCCUAAGUUAUGAAAUAUAACCAGUCUGGAGAUGGUUGUCCAAAUCUUCCUCAAUGAUACAGGACAUAUACUAAUGCCCCCCCCCCCCCCCCACAGAUAGCAGCAGCGUUGUGGUGGUAUUUCAUCUCUAAAGGAGUAGAGUACCUGGACACGGUGUUCUUCAUCCUGAGGAAGAAGUUUAACCAGGUCAGCUUCCUCCAUGUAUACCACCACUGCACCAUGUUCACCCUCUGGUGGAUCGGCAUCAAGUGGGUCGCUGGCGGACAGUGUGAGUAUUCUCUAUUUAUCCUUUAUAUAACCUGGAACUGCCUUGACAACAGGAAUCUCUUCUUUUGCAUUGUACUGCAGAAGCAUGCAGUAACAUGUUACAUUCCCUUAUUAGAAAGUAAUGCAUUAUUAAUCGCAAUUUAGUAAUGGACCUCAUUACAUUAUCUGCUGGGUUCCCCCCUUGCAGCAUUCUUUGGUGCACACAUGAAUGCAGCCAUCCAUGUCCUGAUGUACCUAUACUAUGGUCUGACCUCCUGUGGACCCAAGAUCCAGAAGUACCUGUGGUGGAAGAAGUACCUGACUGUCAUCCAGAUGGUAAGAGAUCUGUUAACAGUAACUCGAUUGAGAUGGAUUUACAGUAAGUCAGUAAUAGCAUUAUGUCAUAUCAUGCUACUGGGUUGCUGGACUGUUCGAUAACUGAACCUCGAAGGCCGAAGUACAUCUGGUCUUCUUCUCUACCUGGAGAGAUAAUGAAAACCAGAAAGGUUCUGCCCUCCAGGAACGAGUGUUUCACCUUCUCCCCCCUUCUUCGCUUUGAUCCAGUUCUACGUGUCCACAGUUGAAUGGCCCUGUCCUACUGUAUAUAAUAAGGUUUCAACUGAUCCCUCCCUCCGUCUCUACCUCAGAUCCAGUUCCAUGUCACCAUCGGCCACACUGCUCUGUCCCUCUACAUGGACUGUGACUGUAUAGCCCUGUCAUACUGUAUAUAUAUAAUAAUAAUAAUAAUAAUAAUAAUAAUAAUAUUUCACCUCCGUCUCUACCUCAGAUCCAGUUCCAUGUCACCAUCGGCCACACUGCUCUGUCGCUCUACAUGGACUGUGAGUUUCCCCACUGGAUGCACUAUGCCCUUAUCUGCUACGCCCUCACCUUCAUCGCCCUGUUCGGUAACUUCUACUACCAGACGUAUCGCCGCACGCCACGGCUACCCAGGGAGCCCAAGGCCGUCAAGGCUCUGUCUAACGGGGUCUCCAACGGGUUGUCCAAGGGACUGGGGAAUGGAGUGCUGCUGGGGGGCAAGGUGGAGGAGAAGGAGAGGCCAUCAGGGAAUGGAAGGAGGAAGAGGAAGGGGUGGGCCAAGAGGGAU